AAAAAAAAAAAAAAAAAAAAUCAAUCGCUGCCUUGGCCCCCUCGCUCUCUCUAGCGCCGGCGGGCUUCUCUCUCUGUUUAUUAUGAAGGCGAUGGUGGCGGGCGGCGAGGGGGGAGGGCAGGAGGAAUCGCCGCCGUCGCAGUCGCAGUCGGAGUCCCUCCUCAGCGAGGACGAGCGGCGCGCCCUGCGGGGCAGCAAGUUCGCCCCUCUUCCCCCCUCCCAAACCCUAUCCAGGUCGGCUCAUCCGGGGGGCCCUGUCAAGACCAACAAAGCCGCGGCGUUGGCGAAGUUCCUGGAACGAAAGCUUCGGCAGCCUGACGGUCUCAGGUCUAUAAAUCCAGAUCUUCUGGAAUUAGCGGUCAAAAACGCGAAGGAAACGGUGAAACGCAGUGGUACCGGGGGGCCUUCAACCUCCGGACGAAUUGUACGGCAUGUUGCUUCUUUUGAGGACUCCUUUGAGGGUUCGGGAGAUGACCAAGAUGAAGAUGAAAAAAUAAAAGAAAAAGAGAGAAAGAGGAAAAAGAAGAAAAUUACAAGAGGUUCCAGAGACGACCAAGACGAACUCGAAGCAACAGAACAAAAAAAGAGAAAGAGGAAAAAGAAGAAGACCGCGAAAGAUGCGAGGAGUCCCAAAUCUCACAAAUCUGACAAGAAGAGAAAGAUCAAGAAAUGACAGAAAAUGCUCCUCUCAACUUCCUUUGAAUGAAGAAAGUGAAUGUGAAAGUGAAAGCCCAGUCAGAUGUCAUGCGGAUCUUGCGCAGUUUCAUUCCAAACAAAGACACCAACCAACUGUUGUUCACUGCUGAUUUCGUGAAGAUGUCAUGCAGAUCUUGCUCAGUUUCAUUUCAAGCAAAGACCCAACCAAGUGUUGUUCACUGCCGAUUUGGUGAUUUCUUUGUUGUUGGUCUCCAAAAAAAAAAAAAAAAGCUUGCUGCUUUUUAAAGAGCUCAGAUUUGUAAUGCAGUUAAUUACAGUUCAUGCCCUUAAUUUAGGGGUUUUUGUUACUAAGUUUUCAAGAGUUAAUGUUAUUUGUUUCAUUUACUAAGGUUA